ACCGCCUUACUACCAUCCCAGCUGAAACCUUCCUCAACCUGCCUCAUCUCCUAAAUUGGACCUGAGUAUCAACUUUAUUGAUGUUCUCCCAGACUCUAUAGGGCAUUGUAAAGACAUGCUCUUCCUCAAUCUGGAGACUAACAACCUUACAGAUCUGCCAGCCAGCCUCGUUAACUGUACACACAUCUACCAGAUACAUAUCAGCAACAACAGGAUGCAGGUGUUGCCCCCGGUACUCAUACAGAUGAAGGGAAUACGACGUCUGCUUGGCUGCAACUUGAUGUUGACAGAUCUUCCAGAAAAUAUUGGAGACAUGUCAAACUUGACGUUUUUGUUGUUAAAGGGAAACUGUUUAACAAAACUCCCGAAGAGCUUUGCUAACUUGCAGCAGCUGAAGUCCUUGUCCGUGACAGGUGUGAGGUGGAUACAGAAUAAAGCCAAGUACUUCCUCUCAAGGUCUCAUUUUGUCAGGUUCCUCAUUGAAAGAGGCAUCGACAGAUGGUUAGGUGCUCAACCAGAGAAACUUUCUGAAGAUAAGCUGUACCAGCUGUUUGAUCUGGAUGGCAGUGGAACACUAGACACAAUGGAGAUUGCCAAGUUUAAUGCAUUCCUGUUUACAGUCUUCCCAAGAUUUGGAAGCAACCAACAACACCUUCCUGACGAUAACAGUCCUAGUUGGUUUCCUGAAGAGAUCCUUGCUCUGAGGAACCUUAGGGUGCUGGACCUGUCAUACCAAGGGAUUGUUCAUGUACCUCCAGAAAUCAGAAAAAUGGAAAACCUGAACACUCUAACUUUGAGUCACAAUCCACACCUGCUGUCCAUUGCAGGGGAGGCUAGCCAGUGUCCACUUACCAAAUUGGGCCUUGACGAAUGUCCGUUACUGAAAACUCCACCCAAGGAGAUCCGAGACAGAGGCUUUAAGACAACCUAUGCUUAUCUGAACCGACUAAUGACAGGCUCUGUGGACUGUAAAAGGACAAAGCUCAUGUUGGUCGGGUUAGGAGGUGCUGGCAAAACAAGUUUAGUGAGGACUCUGAUGUCCACUGACGAGGAGUCCCACUUAACAGGAGCAGACGCCAUAACAGAUGGUAUUGACAUUUGUACCUGGGAUGUAGAAAAAGAUGGAGACACAAUAUCAUACAGUGUGUGGGAUUUUGCUGGCCAGACCAUCUACUACAACACUCAUCAGUUUUUCCUGUCUGACCGUGCAGUGUACCUCUUGCUGUGGAACACAAGGCUUGGACAUGAGCAUGCUGGUCUGAAAUUCUGGCUCAACUCUAUCACAGUACAUGCUCCAAAAGCCCCUAUCUUUGUAGUGGGCACCCACAGUGACCAGAUGACUAAGAUGGAUUUACCUGUUGAUGACAUGCAGCUUAAAUACCACCAAAUUGCUGGCUUCCACUUUGUCAGCUCCAAGACUGGGGAUGGCAUCCAGAACCUUAGGGAAUCUUUAUUUAAAUCAACAUUACAACAGGAAUACAUGGGAGAAAAGAUUCCCCAAGCCUGGCUACAUUUUGAAUCCCUUAUAUCUAAAGGGAGAACAAAGAAGAUUCAUGUGAUGAAAUAUGAGCAUGUGGAGGGAAUAGCUGCUGAUGCCAGCAUUGUUGAUCCUUCAGAGAUAUCACAAGCAAUCCAGUUUCUUCAUGAUCUUGGGUCGGUGCAGUACUUCCCUACUGAGUAUCUCCGGGGCCAUGUGGUGAUCAACCCUCAGUGGAUCGUAGACGUUAUGGCCUGUGUGGUAUCAGUCAAACAAGAGGUCAUACAGGAUGGGAGAUUGAUGCAUUCCAGCAUUGACACUGUUUGGUCAGAAUAUCACAAAAUGGCUGACUGGUUACUCCGACUCACUGAGGAGUUUGACCUCACCUUUCAACUAGAAGGGGAGAAUUGUAACAUUGUGCCCUGUCUUCUCCCAGAGAAACGACCAGAUUUCAUGUGGCCAGACAUCAGCAAGGACGAGGAAAUAUUUGAGAUGAAGAUGGUGUACAAGUUUGAUUACCUGCCUGCUGGCUUGUUUAACAGGGGACAGGUGAGGCUUCAUGGUUACUCAGAAGACUCUUUGAUCUGGAAGAGGGGCUCCUACAUAGAGAAAAAUGGCCAGCUAGCAUUGAUACAACAGGAGGAGGACUCAGAGUUGAGUGUGAGGGUACAGGGCCCAAACCCAAAUAACAUCCUCUUCUUCAUUCAUGAGGUGUUUGAAGGUCUGAUCAACGAGUCUUUCCACGGUGUUACCUAUGACUAUGAGAUUCCAUGUCCUGACUGUACCAAACAUCGCCAGAGAGACCCACACAUGUUUAAAGCGUCCAGUAUACGCCGUGCCCUGGAGUUGAAGGCGCCCUUCCUACAGUGCCAGAAACAGUUCCACACAGUUCCACUACUGACCCUACAGACAAUUCUAGCCCCUGACACUAACAGUGACUAUGAGGUUCACCUUGACCAGGAUGUCAACAAUCUGAUGCAGAUGCAAAAGGAAAUGGCCACAGACAUCUUCAUCUCGUACUGCUCUGGAGAUGCUCCCAAGGAUAGGUCAAAUGUCAUACAUCCAGCUGAUAUCUGUGCUGACCUUGAAAAAGAAGGAUUUUCCUGCUACUUCCCAGAGGGUGCGGCACUGACGUCACGUGAAGAGAUGGCCCAGCAGCUGGUCCAUUCCUCAGUGUUUCUUGCUCUGAUUUCCAAUAACUAUGCUGCAAAUGAAGUGUGCUGUGACAUGUACAAGUAUGCUGUCGGCACCAUGAGGCGCCCCACCAUCUGCGUAGCUCUGGGCGAGAACUUUGACUGGAAAAAGAGUCCGUCACUUGGGGUCAUCACAUCAGAUGUGGUGUUUGUGAACAUGAUUAACUCCAAGAAGUCAGUGUAUAAAUCAAAGCUGAAGGAGUUGCUGUCAACUCUACAGAAAAAUGAACAGAUCUCUCAGGUGAAAUCAGAAGCAGCUGGUUCCUGCUUCAUCAGUUACUCGUGGGCCAACUCUAGAUUGGCCGUGGAAUGUGGCACCAAGGAGUUACCAGGUGCCCUCGGUUUCGGGGAUCCACGCCAACUUAAAUCCUAUUUGGAGGAGACUGGCAUUAAAUGCUGGAUAGAUGUCGAUCAAGUUAAUGUGAACGACCAGUUACUGAACAGGAUAGCCCAGGGUCUGUCUGAGGCUCGUGUUAUGGUGGCCUGUGUGUCAGACCAGUAUGCCCAGUCCAAGAUUUGCUGUAAGGAGAUGAGGUUUGCUGUACAACUAGAACUGCCCAUUGUUGUGGCCAUUGUUGGAACUGGAACCGAGUGGAAACGCUCCGAGGUGGGCUUCAACUCCAUGUCCUACCCUGUUGUGGACUUCCAGCGACCGAACCCCAACGCAAACCAGGACUUGCUCACACUGGUAAAAUCAGUGAAGCUGCCUGAACAAGUGGAGCUGACAGAAAAGAGAAAAAAAAAAGGACAGUGACCGAGCUAAUACCUCAUUUAAGGAGAUGUUUGAGCUUGCCCAGAGGAAGUUUCUAAGACAGAUAUCAAAUUACGCCAUGACACAUGACAUGGCUAACUACCCACGUCUCUUUAUUGUGGACAUAGCAAAGAUGGAGGAACCAGAAACAAAGAAAACCUUACCUAAUGAGGAUGACUUUAAAUCCAGAAGAUACUGUGUGUACACUUUGUGUGAAUGUGAACAGGGGUGGCACUCUGUCGGUAA